AUGUUUAAAAUCGGAAGCCUCAUUGUCUUCUGUGGGCUGCUGGCCCAAACCAAGGCCCAGCUUGGAGACCUCCUCCAGCUCCCUGCCCCAGCUGUACCCUCAGUACCCACAGAUCUUCCUGGAAGCUUGAUAAAAGAUCUCACCAAUGAACUGCUCUCUGGGAAUAUCAUGGGCGUUCUCAACAGUCUUCCACUCUUGGACAGCCUGAAGCCUAAAGGAGACAACUCUGGUGGCUUGCUUGGGGGUCUACUUGGGACAGUUACUUCAGUGAUCCCUGUUUUGAGUGACCUCAUAGAUGUGACAGUCACUGACCCCCAGCUGCUGGAACUUGGCCUUGUGCAGAGUCUUGAUGGCCACCGUCUCUACGUCACUAUCCCUCUGGGCCUGGUCCUCAAUGUGAAGACGCCCAUAGUUGGAAGUCUGGUGAAGCUGGAUGUGAAGCUGAACCUCACUGUAGAACUCUUAGUCGUGAGAGAUAAUCAGGGGAAGAGCCACCUGGUUGUUGGCGACUGCACCCACUCUCCUGGCAGCCUGAAAAUCUCCCUUCUUAAUGGAACUGGCAGCCUCCCCGUUCAAAACCUUGUUGACAGCCUCACUGGGGUCUUGGAUAAAGUUCUUCCUGAGCUAGUGCAGGGCAAGGUGUGCCCUCUGGUCAAUGAAAUUCUUGGUCAUCUGGAUGUCACGCUGGUGCAUGACAUUAUCAACUUGCUGAUCCAUGGAGUGCAAUUUGUCGUCAAGGUCUAA